AUGAGCUUCACACGGCGCCGGUCGUCGCAGAUCGCAGAGGGUCCCCUCUCGCCCUCUAUCAUCCCCGACCUCGCACUCCUACCCAAACCGCUGAACAACACUGCUAUCCCCGUAGGACAGCUCGUCUCUAAGACCACCAAUUACGACCCGUCGAUGCUCGAGGACCGCGACUACGAUGACAUUGGCACGAAAUGGUACAAGGAUGUUAUCAUCUUCGACAGCAAGUCCCACCGCUUCCUCGAAUCGCUCGGCGCCGCGCACCUCGUGCAGAAGCAGCCUGAGGAGGGUACAGAAGUGGGAACCAUUGAGGCGGAGUCUCAGCACGUGAGGUUGCUGAAGGAUGCGGAUGCGGCAUUGAAGAAGGCAUUGGAGGAUGAGAAGGCGCAAUCCUGGUUGAAGGAGAACAAGGAGGCGGGAUUCGUGGUUGCAACAAGGGAGGUUCUGAAUGCGAGCUACAAGCGGGCAAGGCUUGUCGAUAUCGGAGCUGGAAACUACGAGGUGCGACGUGAGGUUGGACAUGAAGGCCAGCAGGGCGGGAAGAGGCGGGACAGCGGAUUGGAUGUGCAGACUAGCAGCAAGACGGACCUCGUGGGAGUUGUGGUUCGCGAAAUUAUCGAGAAGGAUGGCGCAUAUGCCCUCGGCGACGAGCUGGAGGCUUCCUUUUGGCAGUAA